GGACGGGGCGGAGCGGAGCGCGCAGGCCCCGGCCCAGCCCCAGCCCGAGCCCAGGCAGGGCCGCCGCCGCCGCCGCCGCCGGGCAGCAGCUGGUGACGCAGGAAAAACGCCCCAGAGAGAGAGGAGCGCUCAGGGCCGGCACCCGGAGCGCGGGCAGCGGCGCCGGAUUUGCCCUCCCGCUUCCCGCCGCAGCGCAGCCGAGUGGGAACCGGGGGAAGCGGAGCCGCCCCCUCAGAGCCGCGGCCUGGCAUGAGACCGUGCCCCGCCGGCCGCCGGGCAUGAGGCAGCGCCCAGCAGGGCUCCGGGCCGCCGCAGCAGCCGCCGCGGGACGAGGGGAAGCGGUGCGGGGGUUAUGCAAUGGUCUCUGCAAGAUGGCUUGUUCUUGAGUUGGAGCUUUUUAAGGCAAGCAUAUGCUGGUACUUCAACUUUACUAAGUGGACUAUAAUUUCUUCUCUCACAUCAACUACAUAAGCAGACAAAAUUGCAAAGAUCUGCCCUGUGUCGAGUAUGACAGCCACGACUCGUGGCUCUCCGGUAGGAGGGAAUGAUAGCCAAGGCCAGGCUCCUGAUGGACAGUCCCAGCCUCCCCUCCAGCAGAAUCAGACUUCUUCACCUGAUUCUUCAAAUGAGAACUCCCCAGCUACCCCGCCUGAUGAGCAGGGCCAAGCUGAUGCUCCACCCCAGCUUGAAGAUGAGGAGCCUGCAUUUCCACACACAGACCUGGCAAAGUUGGAUGACAUGAUCAACAGGCCUCGAUGGGUUGUUCCUGUAUUGCCGAAGGGGGAAUUAGAAGUUCUUCUAGAAGCUGCUAUUGACCUAAGUAAAAAAGGCCUUGAUGUCAAAAGUGAAGCAUGCCAGCGAUUUUUUCGAGAUGGGUUAACAAUAUCCUUCACAAAAAUCCUUACAGACGAGGCAGUGAGUGGCUGGAAGUUUGAAAUUCAUAGAUGUAUUAUUAACAACACUCAUAGACUAGUGGAACUCUGUGUGGCCAAGCUGUCCCAAGAUUGGUUUCCCCUUCUUGAACUUCUUGCCAUGGCCUUAAAUCCUCACUGCAAAUUUCAUCUAUACAAUGGUACUCGUCCCUCAGAAACAGUUCCUGCAGGAGUCCAGCUCGCUGAAGAUGAACUUUAUGCCCGUCCUCCUGACCCACGAUCACCAAAGGGUUGGCUAGUAGAUCUUAUCAACAAGUUUGGCACAUUAAAUGGAUUUCAGGUCUUGCAUGAUCGAUUCAUGAGUGGAUCAGCAUUGAAUGUUCAAAUAAUUGCAGCUCUCAUCAAGCCAUUUGGACAAUGUUUUGAAUUUUUAACAUUACAUACAGUGAAGAAAUACUUCCUUCCAAUUAUAGAAAUGGUUCCACAGUUUUUAGAAAAUUUAACAGAUGAUGAACUGAAAAAAGAAGCAAAGAAUGAAGCCAAAAAUGAUGCUUUGUCAAUGAUAAUCAAAUCUCUAAAGAACUUAGCUUCAAGAGUUCCAGGACAAGAAGAAACUGUAAAAAAUUUAGAAAUAUUUAGGUUAAAAAUGAUUCUUAGGUUGUUACAAAUUUCCUCUUUCAAUGGUAAAAUGAAUGCACUAAAUGAAGUUAACAAAGUAAUAUCCAGUGUGUCAUACUACACUCAUCGACAUGGUAAUCCUGAGGAGGAAGAGUGGCUCACAGCUGAAAGAAUGGCAGAAUGGAUCCAGCAGAACAACAUUUUAUCAAUUGUAUUAAGAGAUAGUCUUCAUCAACCUCAAUAUGUAGAAAAACUUGAGAAAAUUCUCCGGUUUGUCAUCAAAGAGAAAGCUCUCACUUUGCAGGAUCUUGACAACAUUUGGGCUGCACAGGCCGGAAAACAUGAAGCCAUUGUAAAAAAUGUACAUGAUCUCCUUGCAAAAUUAGCUUGGGAUUUCUCUCCUGAACAGCUUGAUCACCUGUUUGAUUGUUUUAAGGCAAGUUGGACAAAUGCAAGCAAGAAACAGCGUGAGAAACUGCUGGAGUUGAUUCGUCGCCUUGCAGAGGAUGACAAGGACGGCGUGAUGGCACACAAAGUGCUGAACCUUUUGUGGAAUUUGGCUCACAGUGAUGAUGUGCCAGUUGAUAUCAUGGACCAGGCUCUUAGUGCCCAUAUAAAAAUCUUAGAUUACAGCUGUUCACAGGAUCGAGACACACAAAAGAUCCAGUGGAUAGAUCGCUUUAUAGAAGAACUUCGCACAAAUGACAAAUGGGUCAUUCCUGCACUGAAACAAAUUAGAGAAAUUUGCAGUUUGUUUGGUGAAGCACCACAGAACUUGAGUCAAACUCAGCGAAGUCCCCACGUGUUUUACCGACAUGACUUAAUCAAUCAACUUCAGCACAAUCACGCCCUCGUCACACUGGUUGCAGAAAACCUCUCUGCCUAUAUGGAAAGCAUGAGGCAGUAUGCUAAAGAGCAUGGUGAGUAUGAUCCCCAGACUGUGAGACCAAGCAGCCGAUACAGUCACGUGCAGGAGGUGCAGGAGCGACUGAACUUCUUACGAUUUUUGUUGAAGGAUGGUCAGCUGUGGCUCUGUGCCCCUCAGGCGAAGCAAAUAUGGAAGUGUUUAGCAGAAAAUGCGGUUUAUCUUUGUGAUCGCGAAGCCUGUUUUAAAUGGUAUUCCAAACUAAUGGGGGAUGAACCAGACUUAGACCCUGACAUUAAUAAGGACUUCUUUGAAAAUAAUGUGCUUCAGCUGGAUCCUUCCCUAUUAACAGAAAAUGGAAUGAAAUGUUUUGAACGUUUCUUCAAAGCUGUGAACUGUCGAGAAGGAAAGCUAGUAGCAAAGAGACGAGCCUAUAUGAUGGAUGACCUGGAAUUAAUAGGAUUAGACUACCUUUGGAGGGUUGUGAUUCAGGGAAAUGAUGACAUCGCAAACCGAGCAAUAGACCUUCUUAAGGAGAUCUAUACUAAUCUUGGCCCAAGGUUACAAGUUAAUCAGGUAGUGAUUCAUGAAGACUUCAUUCAGUCCUGUUUCGAUCGUCUAAAAGCCUCCUAUGAUACAUUAUGUGUGUUGGAUGGAGAUAAAGACAGCAUCAACUGUGCAAGACAAGAAGCAAUAAGGAUGGUGAGAGUGUUGACUGUUUUAAGGGAGUAUAUAAAUGAAUGUGACAGUGAUUACCACGAAGAGAGAACUAUUCUACCUAUGUCAAGAGCUUUCCGUGGUAAACAUAUCACACUUGUGGUUCGUUUUCCAAACCAAGGCCGGCAGGUGGAAGAUUUGGAUAUUUGGUCUCACACAAACGACACGAUCGGCCAAGUGCGCCGUUGCAUCCUCAACCGCAUUAAAGCCAACAGUGCACACACAAAAGUGGAGCUGUUCAUUGGGGGAGAGCUGGUAGAUCCUGCAGAUGACAGAAAAUUAAUUGGGCAGCUGAAUCUCAAGGAUAAAACGCUAAUUACAGCUAAGCUUACACAGAUAAAUUCUAAUAUGCCCUCAAGUCCAGAUAGUUCUUCUGACUCUUCAACUGGUUCUCCGGGCAACCACGGCAAUCACUACAGUGAUGGUCCAAAUCCAGAAGUUGAAAGCUGUUUGCCUGGAGUGAUCAUGUCACUGCAUCCUCGAUACAUCUCUUUUCUUUGGCAAGUUGCAGACUUGGGCAGUAGUCUAAAUAUGCCACCUCUUAGAGAUGGAGCUCGUGUUCUUAUGAAGCUCAUGCCACCAGAUAACACUACGGUUGAGAAAUUAAGAGCAAUUUGUUUAGAUCAUGCAAAGCUUGGGGAAAGCAGCCUUAGUCCAUCCCUUGAUUCUCUGUUCUUUGGUCCUUCUGCUUCACAAGUGCUGUACCUAACAGAGGUAGUUUAUGCCUUGUUAAUGCCUGCCAGUGCACCUCUGGGAGAAGAUGCCAGUGACUUCCAGUACAACUUCCUGAAAAGUGGUGGUUUGCCUCUUGUGCUGAGCAUGCUGACCAGAAAUAACUUCCUGCCAAAUGCAGAUAUGGAAACUCGAAGGGGUGCCUACCUUAAUGCUCUAAAAAUAGCCAAAUUAUUGCUAACAGCAAUUGGAUAUGGCCACGUUCGAGCAGUGGCAGAAGCUUGUCAGCCAGUUGUGGAAGGCACAAGUACAAUUUCACCGAUAAACCAGGCUACGCAUGACCAGGCAGUGGUGCUACAAAAUGCCCUACAAAACAUUCCUAAUCCAACUUCAGAAUGCAUGCUGAGAAAUGUAGCAAUACGUCUUGCACAGCAAAUAUCUGAUGAGGCUUCAAAAUACAUCCCUGACAUCUGUGUUAUCAGGGCAGUACAGAAAAUUGUUUGGGCAUCAGGUUGUGGAUCAGUUCAGCUGGUUUUCAGCUCGAAUGAGGAAAUUAGUAAAAUCUAUGAAAAGACAAAUGCAGGAAAUGAACCAGACAUGGAAGAUGAACAAGUGUGCUGUGAAGCACUGGAGGUGAUGACCCUGUGCUUUGCUUUGAUUCCAACAGCACUGGAUGCACUCAGUAAAGAGAAGGCGUGGCAGACAUUUAUUAUUGAUUUACUAUUGCACUGUCACAGCAAAACCGUUCGUCAGAUGGCACAGGAGCAAUUCUUUUUAAUGGCUACCAGGUGUUGCAUGGGACAGAGACCUCUCCUUUUCUUCAUUACCCUGCUGUUUACUGUUCUAGGGAGCACUGCAAGAGAGAGAGCUAAGCAUUCUGGAGACUACUUCACCCUCUUAAGACAUCUGCUUAACUAUGCUUACAACAGUAAUAUUAAUGUACCCAAUGCUGAAGUUCUUCUCAAUAAUGAAAUUGACUGGCUUAAGAGAAUCAGGGAUGAAGUAAAAAGAACAGGGGAAACAGGUGUUGAAGAAACGAUCUUAGAGGGUCACCUUGGAGUAACAAAAGAGUUGUUAGCAUUCCAGACACCUGAGAAGAAAUACCAUAUUGGUUGUGAAAAAGGAGGUGCUAAUCUCAUUAAAGAGUUGAUAGAUGAUUUCAUCUUUCCAGCAUCCAAUGUUUAUCUACAGUACAUGAGAAAUGGAGAAUUGCCUGCUGAGCAGGCCAUACCAGUCUGUAGUUCACCUGCCACUAUCAAUGCUGGCUUUGAGCUCCUCGUUGCACUCGCAGUUGGAUGUGUGCGAAAUCUCAAGCAGAUAGUAGACACAUUGACUGAAAUGUAUUACAUAGGUACAGCAAUCACUACUUGUGAAGCACUCACAGAAUGGGAAUAUCUGCCACCUGUUGGGCCUCGGCCACCAAAGGGAUUUGUGGGGCUGAAAAAUGCUGGUGCCACUUGUUACAUGAAUUCUGUCAUUCAGCAGCUGUACAUGAUUCCAGCCAUCAGGAAUGGGAUUCUUGCAAUAGAAGGCACAGGCAGUGAUGUAGAUGAUGACAUGUCUGGGGAUGAAAAGCAGGACAACGAGAGCAAUGUUGACCCACGAGAUGAUGUGUUUGGUUAUCCACAUCAGUAUGAAGAUAAACCAGCACUGAGCAAAACUGAAGAUAGAAAAGAGUACAAUAUUGGAGUUUUGAGGCAUCUCCAAGUAAUUUUUGGCCAUUUAGCAGCUUCCAGGCUACAGUACUAUGUACCAAGAGGGUUUUGGAAACAGUUCAGGCUCUGGGGUGAACCUGUAAAUCUACGUGAACAACACGAUGCUUUAGAAUUUUUUAAUUCGUUGGUGGACAGUUUAGAUGAAGCUUUAAAAGCUUUGGGCCAUCCAGCAAUGUUAAGUAAAGUUUUAGGAGGAUCCUUUGCUGAUCAGAAGAUUUGUCAAGGAUGCCCACAUCGGUACGAGUGUGAGGAAUCCUUCACAACUCUGAAUGUAGAUAUCAGGAAUCACCAAAACCUUCUUGAUUCUUUGGAGCAGUAUGUCAAAGGAGAUUUAUUGGAAGGUGCAAAUGCAUAUCAUUGUGAAAAAUGCAACAAAAAGGUGGAUACAGUCAAACGCUUGUUGAUUAAGAAGUUGCCUCCAGUUCUUGCGAUCCAGUUGAAACGAUUUGAUUAUGACUGGGAAAGGGAAUGUGCAAUCAAAUUCAAUGAUUAUUUUGAAUUUCCACGAGAACUGGACAUGGAGCCUUACACAGUGGCAGGUGUAGCAAAAUUGGAAGGGGAUGAUGUGAAUCCUGAAAAUCAGAUAAUACAAAAUGAGCAGUCAGAAAAUGAACACUCUGGAAGCACAAAAUACAGACUCGUGGGUGUGCUUGUGCACAGCGGCCAGGCCAGCGGCGGACAUUACUACUCUUACAUUAUCCAGAGGAAUGGUGGGGAUGGUGAGAAGAACCGGUGGUACAAAUUUGACGAUGGAGAUGUGACAGAGUGUAAAAUGGAUGACGAUGAAGAGAUGAAAAAUCAGUGUUUUGGGGGAGAGUACAUGGGCGAAGUGUUUGAUCACAUGAUGAAGCGAAUGUCCUACAGGCGCCAGAAGAGGUGGUGGAAUGCUUACAUUCUUUUUUAUGAACGCAUGGACACGAUAGACAAGGACAAUGAACUAAUAAAAUAUAUUUCAGAAAUCACUAUCACCACUAAACCCCACCAGAUUAAAAUGCCCUCAGCCAUCGAGCGAAGCGUGCGCAAGCAGAACGUGCAGUUCAUGCACAAUCGGAUGCAGUACAGCCUGGAAUAUUUCCAGUUCAUCAAGAAGUUGCUUACUUGUAAUAGUGUCUACCUAAACCCUCCUCCAGGACAAGAUCAUCUGUUGCCUGAAGCAGAAGAAAUAACUAUGAUUAGUAUUCAGCUUGCUGCUAGAUUUCUCUUCACCACAGGAUUUCAUACAAAGAAAAUAGUCCGUGGCCCUGCUAGUGAUUGGUAUGAUGCCCUGUGCAUCCUGCUCCGUCACAGCAAGAAUGUACGUUUUUGGUUUGCACACAACGUCCUUUUUAAUGUUUCAAACCGCUUCUCUGAGUAUCUCCUGGAAUGCCCCAGUGCAGAAGUGAGGGGUGCAUUUGCAAAACUUAUAGUAUUUAUUGCACAUUUUUCAUUGCAAGACGGACCAUGUCAAUCACCUUUUGCCUCUCCUGGACCUUCCAGUCAGGCUUAUGAUAACUUAAGUUUAAGUGAUCACUUACUGAGGGCGGUACUGAAUCUUCUGAGAAGGGAGGUAUCCGAGCACGGGCGCCACUUGCAGCAGUAUUUCAAUCUGUUUGUGAUGUAUGCCAAUCUAGGUGUAGCAGAGAAGACACAACUUCUGAAACUAAAUGUUCCUGCAACCUUCAUGCUCGUGGCUCUGGAUGAAGGUCCAGGCCCUCCAAUUAAGUACCAGUAUGCUGAGCUGGGGAAGCUGUACACCGUGGUGUCUCAGCUGAUCCGCUGCUGCAACGUCUCAUCGCGGAUGCAGUCCUCUAUCAAUGGUAAUCCCCCACUUGCCAACCCUUAUGGUGAUCCUAAUUUAUCUCAACCUAUAAUGGCACUUCAGCAGAACGUAGCAGACAUUCUGUUUGUGAGAACUAGUUAUGUAAAGAAAAUUAUUGAAGAUUGCAGCAACUCUGAAGAGACCAUCAAGUUGCUUCGUUUCUGCUGCUGGGAGAAUCCUCAGUUCUCUUCCACAGUCCUCAGUGAACUACUUUGGCAGGUUGCAUAUUCAUAUACAUAUGAGCUUCGACCUUAUUUGGAUCUGCUUCUGCAAAUCCUGUUAAUUGAGGACUCUUGGCAAACUCACAGGAUUCACAAUGCACUUAAGGGAAUCCCAGAUGACAGGGAUGGCCUCUUUGACACCAUUCAGCGCUCGAAGAAUCAUUAUCAGAAAAGAGCUUACCAGUGUAUAAAGUGCAUGGUAGCUCUUUUCAGCAACUGCCCUGUAGCUUACCAGAUCCUUCAGAGCAAUGGAGAUUUGAAGAGAAAAUGGACCUGGGCAGUGGAAUGGCUUGGAGACGAGCUGGAGCGUAGACCAUACACUGGCAAUCCCCAGUACACCUACAAUAAUUGGUCUCCACCAAUACAGAGCAAUGAAACAUCAAAUGGCUACUUCCUAGAGAGGUCACACAGUGCUAGGAUGACUCUGGCAAAGGCUUGUGAGCUCUGCCCAGAGGAGGAACCAGAUGAUCCUGAUGCCCCAGAUGAACAUGAGUCUUCUCCACCUGAAGAUGCACCACUGUAUCCCCAUUCACCUGGUUCCCAGUAUCAACAGAAUAACCACGUGCAUGGACAGCCAUAUACGGGCCCUGCAGCACACCACAUGAACAACCCUCAGCGAACUGGCCAACGAGCACAAGAAAACUACGAAGGCAGUGAAGAAGUUUCCCCGCCUCAGACAAAAGAUUAGUGAAAUGCACAUAAUCAAUUAACUUGCUCCAUCAAGACUGUGCACCCAGGCCUUACAGUCCAACUUUUCUCUGUGUCUGGCUAAUAUUUAAAACUAGAAAAACUAUUCCUAAUCAACAUGGAGUGGAGAGUCUAUUCACUGUCUUAUCUGCAGAAAAUUGCUGUCAAUAUAUAACCCGCCUGCAGUGGAAAGUGUAUAGUGUUUUGUAAUAAAUGGCCUGAUGCUAAUGUGUAAAUGGCAAAGGUGUAUAUAGUAUAUUAAUGUUUGACUGUUAAUUCUUGAGCAAGAAACAUUUUUUUUUGUCUUGAUGAGACUCACAGAUCUACAAAAACAAAAAAAUAAUUUCUUGAUAUAUCUGCUGCGCUCUGCAACCAGUGUUGCCUGCCUCAUGGCAGUUGGAUCAACUCCUUUACGAAAAAGCCUAUCCAUGUCAACCACAAAAAUAGUUUCAUGUUAAUUCUUUGCCACUGGAGUCGAUUUUACUAUGAGCAACGUAAUGGCUGGUAACCUUUUAAUUAUUUGGUUGAUGUGGAAAAUUGGUGAUGUAACAUUGUUUCUAGAUCUUUUUUCAUUGCCUUUUUCAUUCUGGUAUUAGGUUAAUCACUUUGAAGCUAUAGUUAUGCUGUAACAUUUAGCAUGGCUUCACACCAAGUUAGUGUAGCCAAUGAGGGGAAUAAAAAAAACAAAAAACAAGCGUGACAGCAGUUGUCCCAAUGUGACAACUGUAUUGCUCAGAACUUUUUCUUCUUACACCUAGACUAUAAAAUGGGGAGGGAAAAUGUGACAAACAAGUGGUUUUCAGUUUCACAUAUGUUCCUCACAUCUGAUGUUUGACAGUUCUCUCUCUGGGUGGGAUAAAGAACACUUAGUUUUCAGUAAUAGGAAUUAAAACAAAUAUGCAAAAAUUUGCUAUGCCAGGAUGCCUGGAGCAUAAUAGACUGUAUUUGGUGUGCUUGUUUUGUUUCUUUGGUAGAGCUUAUUAGAUAAACUUCUAACACUUUCCUUCUACUGCAUCCCAGUGAAGUGGAAGUCAACAAAAUCACAGAGUACUUGUGAGUGCCACUGCACCAAGUUAACUUGCUGGUUUUCUGCUCGUUCACAGUUCUACUUGAAAGCGAGAAUUGUCUUAGCUCUUUAUCCAUUAUACAGAAAAUCUUAACAUUAGAAGCAGGGUUUGAAUAUAAAAGAAACUACUGGUUAGUCAAGUACAAUUCUGAGGUAUCUCUAUUCCAGAAUAAACAUUUGUUUAAAGACUUAAAGAAACGCAUCAGUAAAUACUGUAUUUAAAUGAAAAUUGGUAACUUGAAUGUGUGUAAUUUUUUUGGAACCUGUCUAAAAACCAAAUACCCCUGCAAAACAGAUACAGCCCACCCUAUACUAUUUAAAUAUUUUGCUGUUUUAUUUUAUAGAAAUUAUUUUGCUGAAUUCACAAAUAGAAUUUGAUUUAAGAAGAAUGUUUUGUCCUGUGGUGUGUGUUGUUUUUUGGGGUUUUGUUUUUUAAUGGACUGCACAGAAAGGUGAAUUCUGUGCAGUGGCACUAUGCUGAAUUCUGGAACAACAGUCACAUUGAGAUUCUGUGCACAAAAAAAAAAAAAUUGGCCCUCAAGAAUAAAAUAAUCAGGACAAUUACACUGUAAAA